CCACCCCGAGCAACCUCACGGAGAGGCAGAUACACAGCUGGCCAUUGAUCUUGUGAGUGUCAGACACUGCCAUUUCCUCCUUGCACAGCAUAGAAAUAACCGUGUAAAAAGCUGAACUGAAAGUGUUGCAACGCCAGUGCAAAACUGGCACCCGCUGAAGUUAAAGCCUCCAAUCAUAAUAGGACCUCACACCCACAAGGACCGAGCGAGCAGGCAGCACCAGCACUUCCUGCCCUGCACAUUCUUUCAGCUAUUCGUGUAAGCUUUCAUUUUUCAGUAGCCCACCGCGCGGCGAUGCCAGGCCCUAACAAUUCGUUUGGUGAGUUCCAGCAGCGGUUCCUGCCGCCGCUGUUCGGGUUGCAGUUCUGCCUGGCGCUGGCGGGGAACGGGGCCGCCCUGUGGCUGAUGGUGACGCGGGAGCGCCGUCGGAACUGGCACACGGGCCUAGUGUUCUCCUGCAACCUGGCGGCCAGCGACCUGCUGUACGCGCUCACGCUGCCGCUGCUGGUGCUGUACUACGCCGGCGGCAAGCAGUGGCACUUCGGUGAGGCGGCCUGCAAGGCCGAGCGCUUCCUCUUCACCUGCAACCUGUACAGCAGCCUCCUCUUCGUCACCUGCAUCAGCGUCAACCGCUACGUGGGCAUCGUGCACCCCUUCUUCACGCGGAGCCACGUGCGCCCCAAGCAUGCCACGGCUGUCAGCCUCCUGGUCUGGGCGGCGGUGGCGGCCGCCUCGUCCCCGGUGCUGCGGUUCGCCGGCGAGGUGAAGAAUGCCACCGUGGAGUGCACGUCGACCCACUCGCACACAGAUGACCGCCCGCACUUCGCCUACAGCGUGUGCCUGGCGGUCUUCGGCUGCCUGCUGCCCUUCCUGGCCACCGCGGCCUCGUACGCCGCCAUCUUCAGGGUGGUGUGGAGGAACGCCAACAUCACGCAGGCGGAGAAGAGGAAGGUGGGGCUGAUGGUGGGGGCAGUGCUUGCCCUGUACGCCGUCUCCUUCGUGCCCUAUCACGUCCUGCGAAACUACCACUUGUACCUGAAGCUCCACAACAAGAAUAUACUGGCGGUGUACAAGGCCUACCAGGUGAGCAAGGGGCUGGUGACGCUCAACAUUUGCCUCCACCCCUUGCUCUACAUGGCCCUGUUCAGCAGCAUCCGGACUGUCUGCUGUGGAGGGGCGGAGGAGAGGGGUGCCCAAUCCCCUGGGGGACAGCGGUUGUGCCCAACCUGACAUCCAUAGGGGACUCUCCAGGCCAUUGGAUUCCAAGGCAAAGGUGUGCAAACAGGAACUACAAUCAUUUCUGGAUUUUCACAGUGAAUUCUGCACUUGAUUAUUGAACCACCAGGACAGUUGUUUCUCACAUGCCAUUCAGGUGAAGCCACACAUCCUCCAACAAUCACAUCGCCUUCAUUCGUUUUCGACGGCUGGCAAUUCUUCACGUCCGCAUCUGCAUGUCGUGAUAGCCGGCGUCGCGAGGGCAAGCCAGUGAUGAGGCCAGAAGCAAUAGGUGUGACAACCAAUCAGAUUAAAGAUCAUAUGUGGGAAUUGUCCCCCGUUUUAAAUUUUGUUGCGCCCACAGCGACCGAUUGUGGGAGAUCUCCUACCCUGGUCCUGGAGAGCUACAGGGUCUGCUCGUUUUUGUUUUCACCUUAAAAUCAGCACCCACUUGAGACCCAAGGCAUCAGGUGAGUUGAGUUAAUUGUGUAAUCAACUGCUCUAAUUGAUUCAUGAAGUGCAGAGUCACCAUGAAAACCAGCAGUAGCUCUCCAGGACCAGGGUUGGAGACCACUGAUCUAUAUAAUGAUCACUGACAGUGUUGGCCACUCUCUCCACCCCGAGAACAAAGCCCAGAUCAGCUGGCCUGAACUGGAUCUGAAUCCAGGGCUCUGUGAACCGCUAAACCUGGCACUGGCCUUGGAUCAGCGGCAUGGCGGACUCUGUGCUUACUGGCGCUUGCCUUUAUGGCAGGGGUGUAUGACAACGGCCGAUCUGUGUCAGGAUUUUGUGCCAACUUCUACUCUUUAAAUUAAAAAAAAAAUAUUAGCCCAAUCAUAUUGACAAUAGUAUGAACACCAGCUAACAGGCAUGUAUCCGUGUAAUGUGUAUCCUAAUGAUUUUAUGUAGGCUAUAGAGCUGUCAGAUAACUGAAACUAAGGUGAUUGGUUGAAACAAAAGCCAGUGUGCAGAUGUGCACCCCUGGUAUAAGGCUUCACAAACAGCAAAAUAAAUAUUAAUAAAUAUAAAUAAAUAAACAAUGCCAGACAUGCUUUAGCUCAGCUAUUGUAAAGAGGAGCAGAUUUGGGAAUUGCAGAAAAUUAUCAAAAACGUAUACAUUUUUGAAAAUCAUCCAAAAUAAAUGUGUAAAGAGCAGACUCGGAUGAGUCAGUCAAAAUGUUUUUCUCUCCAAGGCAAGAACACUUUGGUUACAAGUUACAACACGACUGAUUUCACAUGAGAGCACCGCCAAAAUUGGUGGUUAACGCCCAAUUUCAUGACGACAAGAUAAUCUGGUGCUGCUUUUGCAUGUGAGAAGGCUUAGAGUUUGGAAUUUAGAAUGUGGAAUUUGGAAUUUGGCCUUAAUGAAGGGAGCCAGCACUCUCCAGGAACCUCCCUGUCUCAUCACAAGCCAGGCUCAGUGAUAAUCAAUAAUGGCCUGAAAAUGCCAAAACUCUGCCUAAGUUGGAGAUAUGCUUUGCUGAGAGACCGACCGAGAGUUCAUACCUCGGAUGAAUCACAAUCUUGCGUGGUCGGGAGUUCAACUGGAGAAGCAGGCCUCUCUUAGAUCUUGCCCUUUCCUAUGGUGACCACAGGAUUUAAAUAAAGAGGACAGGGUGGGUGGGCGUUAUAAGCAAUAAUACUAGACUACUUGUUUGUGUCUAUUUGGCCUAACUUUGGCAAUUUAGUCACUUAGAAAUCCCACCAGGAUCAGUCCUGAAAAAGAAGAAUUAUCAGGGAACAAAGAAUGUCUGGUUAGCCUAUCUUCUCCGUCUGUCUGUUUGUCUCUCUUUCUCUUUCUCUCUCACUCCCCCCCCCCCCCCCAAGUGGUCAUAGGUUUCUUUCUUUCUGCAAAGGUUUGCAUUCUAUUUCUUUAUUCAACUUUUUUUUGUUGCCGAAUGGCUGUAUGUAUUGUACAAUAAAGGUUUGUUAAAACUCAA